AUGUCUGAUGGCGACGACGCUGCAAAACUAUGGAAGGUCAAUCGAACGAUCCACGAACUCGUCAAGGACAGAGGCUUCCAAGUCUCGGACGAUGAAAUCAACAUGGAUUUGGCCACAUUUAAGUCGCUGUAUGCGAACAGCGGAGAUAGUGUCGAUCGAAAUCAAUUGAACUUCUUCACGAAUUCACGGACAAACUCCAGCGAUCAGAUAUUCGUGUUCUUUUCUGACGAAAAGAGUGUUGGCGUCAAAACAAUGCGAAAACUCCUCAGCAUCCUUGAUGAGAAAAAAAUUGAACGCGGUAUCAUCAUCUUUCCGGGCACCAUGACCUCCUCCGCGCGCAAGGUUAUCCUUGCUAUGCAUAACAAAUUCAAGCUGGAAGAAUUCGCCGAAGCCGACCUUCUCGUGAACAUCACACAUCACAGGCUUGUACCUCGCCACGAGGUCCUUACCGUCGAUGAAAAAAAACUCCUCCUGGACCGAUAUCGCCUGAAAGAAACACAGCUACCACGUAUCCAAAUCGCAGAUCCCAUCGCACGAUACUAUGGUCUCCGACGCGGACAAGUCGUCAAAAUUACCAGGCCGAGUGAGACGAGCGGUCGCUACGCCAGCUAUCGCAUCUGUUUCUGA